CCGCAUCGAGAAUCCCACAAAUCUCAACAGCUUCUCUGAUCCAGCGAUCCCUUCCCACCACCAUUUCUUUAUUCUAAUUUCUCACUCUCUCUCUUCUUCCCCUCUAGAGAGAGAGAGUGCGUGUGUGUGAACUGUGAAGCGUGCGUCUCUCUCACUCUUUUCCACCUGUGAGCUGUGUGACUUGUGAAGUGCAAAUAAGAAUAUUCAAUUCCCCCCAUUUUCUUGAUCUGCGCUUCACUUGCCCUCUCCCUCUCCCUCUCUCUCUCGUCACAACCUAUGUUCUCUGCGCCAUUAACGCCGCCUCGAUCACUUCCCCAAAACUCUCGAUUCGAAGAGCCAUUUCUCCCAAACACGCACGAAAUGUCACACAAUCCGUAUCGCAAUUUGAUUUUGUAGCCUCUUAAAUUUGCUACACCGCCUCUCGUUUUAAUACCAGCAAUGUUGACCUGCAUAGCUUGCUCCAACUCCAAGCAGCUCAACGGCAGCGGAUCUCUCCGCCAGCCCCCGCCGGAGGAGGAAGAUGACAACGCCGCCACUCCUUCCACCAAGCAAGCAAUCAAAUCCCUCACCUCUCAGAAUUUGUGUCAUGUGUUUCAGAUCAAGGACAUGGCGGUUAAGGCAUCGGGAGCGUACAAGAACUGCAAGCCGUGUUCGGGCUCAUCGGGCCCGAAACGGUCCCGGGCCUACGUGGAUUCCGACACGGGCUCGGUGUCGGGGAGGUUUUACGGCUCGUAUCGGAGGCCAGCUAGCUUGAACUCGACACCACGGCUGCGGGGGAAGGAGCUGGAAGCCAAGCUGAAAGCCCUCUCGAGCGGCUCGGCUACGCCAGCUUCCGUGAGCGGGAGAACAGAGUCGUUGUUCAUGGAGGAAGACGAGGCGAAGGAGUGGGUGGCUCAAGUCGAGCCGGGGGUGCUAAUUACAUUCGUUUCAUUGCCUCAAGGUGGAAAUGAUCUAAAAAGGAUUCGAUUUAGCCGAGAGAUCUUUGACAAGUGGCAAGCUCAACAAUGGUGGGGAGAGAACUAUGAUAAAGUAAUGGAACUGUACAAUGUUCAAAGGUUUAGCAAUCAUGAAGCGCCGCUGUCUACUCCAGCACGGUCAAUAGAUGAGAACUCAAAACUUGAAUCUGCUGAAGACAGCCCUGUGACACCUCAGUUGAACAAAGAGCAUCUACCCCGUCAUUUCAGUCGCACAGCAGGAGUGGGUUAUUCAUCAUCAGAAUCAUUAGAAAACCACCCCAUGAAACCUGGAAGUUACCAUGAGUCAGCUGGUCCUAAUUCAACCCCAAAGCUCUCCAGCAUCAGCGCUGCUAAAACCGAGACAUCAUCCAUAGAUGCUUCUGCACGUUCGAGUUCAUCAAGGGAGAUUGAUCACUCAGGAGAACUGUCUGUGAGCAAUGCUAGUGAUUUAGAGACCGAGUGGGUUGAGCAAGACGAGCCUGGAGUCUACAUUACUAUCAGAGCUUUGCCUGGCGGUGCUCGUGAGCUCAGAAGAGUCAGAUUCAGCCGUGAAAAGUUUGGAGAAACGCAAGCAAGAGUGUGGUGGGAAGCAAACAGAACUAGGAUUCAACAGCAAUACCUGUAAUCUGCUAAAAUAAAGUAGGUGAAAAAACUCAGCUGUCUUUGAAUUCUUUUGCAAGUAGGUUUCUGUAAUGGUUCAUUGGUGAUGCAUUUUCUCCAUUGUUUCUGGUGCAAGCUUCACCAACUCGUCUUUUGGGCUUGUCUGAGUUUUGUGAAUGAGAGUUGCACGCGAAUCGCUUCGUCUCUGGUUCGUAGUUUUUGCUUUACAUUUGAAACUCUGCGCAGCUACUUUUGUUGGUGUAAAUGGUCAGAUGAAUCCAGUUUGUUGUGAUUGUUUUAGUUA